CUCCGAUCUUUUGUCUCUUCAGCAUCCUCAACUCAUAAACUUUCACCCCCUAAAAAACGCUUAUAUCCAUCAUGACCAAGCCCGUAAAGGUUUUCUUUGACAUUGCCAUCAACCAGAAGCCUGCUGGUCGUAUGACCUUCAAGCUGUUCAAUGAGACUGUUCCCAAGACCGCUGAGAACUUUAGAGCUUUGUGCACCGGUGAGAAGGGCAAGUCUCCUCUCUCUGGCAUGCCUCUCACUUACAAGGGUAGCAAGUUCCACCGUAUCAUCCCCGGUUUUAUGGCUCAGGGUGGUGACUUCACCCGUGGUGAUGGACGUGGAGGCGAAUCCAUUUAUGGCGCAAGAUUUGCCGAUGAGAACUUCAAGCUUGCUCAUAAAGGCCCCGUUUUGUCAAUGGCCAAUGCAGGACCAAACACCAAUGGAUCUCAGUUCUUUAUUUGCUUCACGGAUACUCCUUGGUUGGAUGGAAAGCACACUGUCUUUGGCAAGGUUGAACAGGGAGAGGAACUCUUGAAGUUGAUUGAGGCUGUUGGUACACCUAGUGGUACUCCUUCUGGCACUGUUGAGAUUACUGACAGUGGCGAGAUUCAGGAGUAAAUCGAAUCGACUCGUUCGAAUUGAAUCGAAAAAGAAAGAAAGAGAAGAUCAUAAGGAAACCUCCUCUCCCCCUCCAACCCUUGCUCCCUCCAUCUCCACCUCUUCCUCCAUAGUAAAAGUAUGGAUCUCAAUAGGGCAAAGUCCCUACAAGAUUGUCGAAUUUAAUAUAAAGUCUAUGAAGCAUUUUUUAUCAUAA